AUGGCAUAUCUACUUCUAUACGUAGAUGAUAUCAUCCUCACAGCCUCGGAUGCCACUCUAUUGACUUCGAUCAUUACCAUGUUAUCCCGCGAGUUUGCCAUGAGUGAUUUGGGUCCUCUACAUCAUUUUUUGGGCAUUACAGUUACCCGACACUCACACGGUUUGUUUUUAUCUCAGUCCCAAUACGCUCGUGAUAUUCUUCAUCGAGCAAACAUGACAGGGUGUAAACCAUGUGCCACGCCCUGUGAUACGGCUUCCAAAUUAAGUGCAACAGAUGGGGCUCCAAUUGAGGAUGGCUCGUUAUAUCGCAGUCUCGCUGGUGCCCUUCAAUAUUUAACAUUCACGAGACCUGACAUUACUUAUGCAGUUCAGCAGGGUACCCUCGAGUACGGUAUACACAUCUCGACUUCAUCCUCCACGGCUCUCACCGCUUACUCGGAUGCGGAUUGGGGAGGUUGUCCUGAUUCACGCAGAUCCACGUCCGGGUACUGCAUUUUUACGGGUGAUAAUCUCAUCUCCUGGUCUUCGAAGCGCCAACCAACCAUUUCUUGGUCCAGUGCCGAGGCGGAAUACCGGGGCGUUGCUAACGCCGUUGCCGAAACCAGCUGGCUCCGCAACCUUCUCCUUGAACUACGGGUACCGGUCUUAAAAGCCACCAUCGUUUACUGUGAUAAUGUGUCAGCAGUGUACCUAUCCGCAAACCCGGUUCAGCAUCAGCGUACUAAGCAUGUUGAAAUGGACAUCCAUUUUGUUCGGGAAAAGGUGCAAAUCGGUCAUAUCAAGAAGAAAGAGAAGGCGAGUCAUCGGAGGUUCGCCGGAAAAGCUUUAAACCCUCCGCCAGAGGUUUCGGUUUCGCCUCCGUACGACAUCUCAUUAGUUGAAGAAUGUGCAAAGGAAGAACAUGAGGUAGUGGAGGAGUCGCCGGAGACGGAUGCAACGGCGAGAAGAGGACUUCCGGAAGUGAAAGGGUUGUUUAACUGGCGUUUGUGGGGACUUUGGAGUCCGUGA